GAUUUGAAUUUAAAAAUUUUGAAGAGUCAUUUUACAGACAUUUCUAGUGAAUAUGCAUUAGAGAUGACAAGUCAUGGAUAUAGAAACAUAAUUUUGAAUGUUUUGAUAAAUGAAUGCCAGUUUGAGAAUGUAUACAAGGGAAUAUAUUUAUAUUUUAAUUAUUACCAGUUUAUUACAGGAUAUGCAAGAAUUUCAAAUAAUACUUUCCAAUCUGUUUCAUGCUCCUUUCUUAAACUGAAUUUGAAUGAGAAAUCUGUAGUUAGAUUUGAUGGGAAUCUUAUUUCAAAUAACACUAGUAGCUGCUCUAAAUUUGGAGAAAUUGAUAUUCAGAAUUAUGAUUCUUCAUCAAGUCAACAAGGUGUGAUAGAAGUAUUUGGGAAUAAGUUCACAAACAACAGUUUUACAACAGACAGUGGUGUUAUUCUUUCUAUAAUUGGCUUGAGCACUGUAAGAGUAGAUAUAAAAAAUAAUUCUUUUUUCAAUAAUUCAGCACAGUCCAUGAUUUUAAAUAAAAUAAACACCUCCUGUAUUGUAUACAAUGUUUUUGAUAAUCCAAAAUCAAAGUUUGAGAUCCAGAUUGAGGCUCCCAUAGAAUAUAAUGAUUUUUACCUCAACGCUACCAUGAACUGGUGGGGAACAACAAAUUCUUCUACCAUUAGAGAACGGAUAUUUGACUUUUUCCAUAACGUCAAUUAUAUGAUUGCUGACUUAUCACCAAUUUUGACAUCACCUAUUCCAUCAGAAGGAGAAUUUGCUGAGUACUCGACUAUUUUUAGUGACUUACAGGAAGAAGGCAUUUUGGGUGGUAUUAUUUCUAAUACGCAGAACUUAGUAUCAGAUGCUUUCUAACUGCACAGUAGUUUCUUACUCUCUCUUUAUUCCAUCUGAAGUUACAUGUACAAUUACUGGACCUCAUUGCUUCUGGUUUAAAGAAGGAAGAGGAAUACUUAUUGAAGGGUUACUUCAAAUUGAAGGAGAGAGUGAUAACAUAGUUGUCUUGGACCAAGAUUUAUCAAACGAAGGUAGAAGGUGGGGUGGCUUGCAUUUCAGAAAUUCCUCAGAAAGCUGCAUUGUGAUGGGCUGCAAUAUUACUGGUGCCUUAAUAGGGAUCAAAGCAACUGGUUAUUUACCAAAUAUUACAAAUACUGUGGUUAAUAAUUGUGGUGUAGGACUACAAGCCUCCCUACAAACAUCCAGAGAUACUGUUCUUUACAAUUCAAGUUUUUUGAGCAAUGAUGGGAUUGGUGUCAGCAUUACAGUAGAAGAACUGACAUCAGAAGUCAACAUUUGUCUGUCUCACUCAGUCAUCCGCCAAAACUCCAAAGGGCUUUUCUUAGAUGUCAGCUCUACUAAAAAUGUCCAAUUUUUGGUAGAAUAUAGUGAGAUCAUCAAUAAUACUAACCUGGGAUUCUCAGUAGCUAUUCCUCAUGGUCAAUUUUUGCUGACUGAUUCUGUUUUGGAAAUUGGCCAUCAAUACGUAUAUGGUGCUAACUUGGGAAAAAUAAUCUCAGAACAAGACUAUAAUUUUAGUUCUGCUAUCAAGAAUACAGUGUUCCUCAUGAGAACUGGAUAUCAUUCAUAUUUCUUGAGAAUUAUUAGUAAAACAAAAUCACAAGAUGUUUAUGAUUGGUUAAUUGAAAACUGCACUUUUGUAAGUAUGCUUGGUACAUAUGGAAACAUUUAUUCUUUCCUGUCCUUCGAAGGGAGAAACAGUUACCAGAAUGUUACCUUGAUAAACAACACUUUCUUAGGUUUAACAAGUCAUGCUAUAUCAUUCAAUGAUGCAUCUGUGGGAGGAGUCACAAAAAUUGAAAGAAAUUUUAUCAAUGGAUCAGAAACUGCCAUAUAUAUAAAUUUUAAUGCAUACUAUUUCCAAAAUUAUGGACAUGAAAUUGUUAUACAGCAUAAUUACUUCACUAAUUUGAGCAAACCGAAAGCAAUCUCAAUAACUAACACUAAUAGUUAUUAUUUUUUUAAAACCUUUGUGGUGUUUUCUUAUAAUGCCCUUUUCAACAAUAGUGCUGAUCCACUAUUAUACCUGGAAAAUGUAAAUGUUACACUUGGCCCAUGUAAUUUGUUUAAUAGUAAUGAAGCUGAUUAUCUGGUGAAGGUGGGGCCUUAUUUUCAUAAUUUUAGAGUAAUAGAUGCUACUGGAAAUUGGUGGGGUUCCCCAAAUUUCAUUGACUUUUCCCCUCGUAUCAAUGACAAUCGUUAUGACCCUUCAAAACCAAAAGUUGCCCUCUUACCCUUUCUGCAGUCUGAAAAUUGUACAGGAAUAUCUUCUGAGCAAAGUAACUCCUUCUUCUUUGAUGAAACCACAAUUGGAGGAGAAAUUAUAGAAAAUAUUACAGUGUUGGAUAACAAAGAAGAACCAUACUCUGUCAUUGUGUCCAUUGUGAUUCCAGAGAAUAAGACACUUAUCAUUAAGCCUGGAGUAACGCUGGAAUUUCAUCAAGGAACUUCUCUUUACAUUAAUGGUAUCCUUCAAGCUAUUGGAGAACAAGAUUAUCAUAUAGUCUUACAAAAUAAAGCAGAUGAUAGUUUUUGGUUUGGCCUGAAGUUUCAUGAAGCCAAUGGAGGAAAUUCUUCUUUAGAAUAUGUGGACAUUUUUAAUGCAUCUACAGCUCUAGAUAUACAAGGAAUCCCUCCAGUUCUGAAUUAUUUUACCAUCACCAGAAUCCGGGAUACAGGACUUAAAGCUAGAAACAUAAACGGGCCCAUAUCUCUUUCACAUUGUAUGAUUUCUUUAUGUGAAAGAAACGGAAUAGAGAUAGACACAGAAUAUGACAUAAACAUAUAUAACUGCACUGUAAGAGAAACAAAGUCUAAUGCAAUGACUAUAAAUUCACGAAUGUGUGCAUCUGUUAUAAUCAGCGAUGCUAAUUUUAUAGAUUGUAGAUAUGGUGUAACAGUUCAGUUUGUUCCAGGCAUUUUUCUUCUUUACAACAGCUUAUUCAGAAAUGUUCAAAGUUAUAGAAGUAAUCCCUUAAAUGUUUAUUUGGAAGACUAUACCUACACCUGUGCCUAUCACAAUUUAUCUUUUACUGAAUAUCCCUUUGAAGAAUAUGAAAUGUCACAACUUACUAAGAGGGAUGUGUCUAAUAAUGGUCUUCAAAUAUAUGACUCUGAAGAAAUUAAUGAAGUGGUUUUUCAUCAUCAAAGAAAAAAAAGAGCUUCUUUGUUUGAUGAUGACUACUUAACAGCUGGACAAUCUGUUGGUGUAGUGAUGAAGAACUGUGUGUUUGAGCAAAAUAAUUAUCCUGUCUCUGUUCAAAGUAAUUUCUACAGUUAUUACACCAACGUUGAAAUCCCAAAUCUUAAAGUUGUUUUAACUAACUGCACUUUCCAUGAAAACAAUGAUGAUGCUCUUCAAGUUAAAAUGUAUGCAAACAGGAACAGCCCACAAGUAAUGUUGGAAAUAUCAAAUAAUGUUUUUACUGAGAAUAGAGGUACAACAGUGUACGUGAAUGUUCAAUUUGACAAUAGUUCUAAAAUUAACAUAAAACAAAAUUUAUUCAGUGGUAAUACCAAGAAAGAGAUCUGGAGAAACUCGUAUUCAGAAUCAGUUCUUCAUAUGGAGUUUUCAGGUGCAGAAACAUUGAUAGAAAGAAAUGCUUUCUUGGAGAAUACAGAGCUAACAUUGGUCUUCUUAGCCCACAGGGAAGAUAACUUGGACAACCAUUCUAAUGUUAGCAUAGUGAGCAAUAUUUUUGAGAACAACAAUUUUUCCAGUGAAGGAACAUCACUUUUGUUAUCAACUUUUGGUGUUUCUUCUUUACUGAUCACAAAAAAUGUGUUUGAUAAUCCUAUGGCAGGUUGUGAAGUAAAGAGCCCAUCUAUUGAAGACCUUGUUUUCAUCAGUGCUCAAUAUAACUAUUGGGGUGUAAACAGUGAAGUUGAGGUACUUGAAAGAGUCUGCGACUUUCAUAAAAAUGUUACUCGCUCAAUGCUAUUGCUGUGGCCAGCCUUAGCAGUAAGACCAGUAGAUGGAAAUAUUUCAACACAACUGUUGACUGGAGAAACAACCGAAGUUAGUGUUUGUGGUGGUCUUGGUGGAGUUUUGAACCAGAACAUACAUGUUUUGAUGGAGGAUAGCCCAUGUCUUCUGAACUAUAGUAUUCUUGUUAACUACUCAUCAGAGGUUUUACUGGAUCAUGGAGUGGAGUUACUCUUUGAGGAAGGAAGAGGAAUUUUUCUUCUUGGUUCCCUGAUUUCUAGAGGAACAGAGAACUUUCCUGUUAUAAUGAAAAAUAUGUCUGCUGGUCCUUGGGGUGGAGUCUAUGUUGGUGGGUCAGAAAUGAAUAAUUCCAUUCUACUUCAACAUUUCUCUAUAGAAAAUGCUUAUACUGGUUUGACUCAGAUUUCUAAUAUAACACUUGAGAUCAGAAAUGUUAAUUUCUGCUUCUGUGAGUGUGGAGCCAUUUUAAAACAAGGUAACCUAACCAUUCAUUCAUCAGUUUUCUUCAAUAUGACUCAAAAUGCUGUCUGCGUGUUAGGUGGAGAUACUUUUCUGAUGGAAAACUGCCAGAUCAAUAUCAGUAAAAACUAUGGCUUGCAUGUUAAAUCUUCCAUUAAUGAUGUAGAAAUAAGAAAUUGCUCUAUUGAUUCGACUGAAGAUUCUGCUUUUGUAUUUGAUGUAGCUCCAGACUAUUCAUUAGUGAUUGAGGAUAAUUUGUUUCAAAACACAAAAUCUAAUUUUGCUCUUGACUUGGAAUUGACACAUAAAACAUCUCUUAAAGAAAUCUUGAUAAGUGGUAAUUUGUUCAGGAAUAAUUCUAAAUGUAUAUCCAUCCAGUUGUUUCAUUGGUAUUCCAAUUCAUUACACAUCAGCUUAGAGGAAAACAGUUUUCAAAAAAACCAUGGAAAGGCUAUUUUCAUAAAAACUAGAAGGAAGUUUUAUGAAAUUGUUAUACAACGUAAUAACUUUGCUCAGAAUGAAGUUUUGGACCAAGCGCUUGUAUCCUUCCAAAUGUUAUAUUACAGUUAUGAUGUAUCUAGUGUUGUCUUGGCUCAAAAUGACUUUGAAGAAAACAAGGCCCAGAGUAUUCUACUUCUUAAUGGACAUUGCACAAAUAGUUUUUAUUUUGAUGUUUUUGGAAAUCGAUUCAUAAAUAAUCAGGUACCUACUACUGGUGAAGUUAUAAAAUCAAAAGUUCCAUGUUCUAAUAUUAAUUUCAACAUAUUCAAUAAUCCCCAAACCUUAUACUACCUCAAAGCAGAAUUUACAGAAGAUGACAUCUUGAAUGCUACAUAUAAUUACUGGGGUACUCGAGACGAAGUGAAUAUUAAUUCCAAAAUCCUUGAUAAUAAGGAUUCCUCAUUGCUGGGUAGUGUAUCAGUUGUCCCAUACUUGAAAACAUCUGAAGUUAGCUGUGACUUACAGAACAACUGUUCUGGACAUGGAGAGUGUGUGAAAAUAAAUGUUUGCAUCUGUGAGAGUGGCUGGAAAGGAGAUGAUUGCUCUAGUCCAACUUGCAAUGAUAUUCAAGAUUGUUAUGGAAAGGGUACUUGCAUUGGACCAAAUUCAUGUAGCUGUCAGAAUGGGUGGUUGGGACCACAUUGUCAACUUCCUUCGUGUUUUGAAAGAAAUAACUGUUCGAACCAUGGAGUGUGUAUUGCUCCAAAUGUUUGUCACUGCUCCUCUGAAUUUACAGGUGAGGAUUGUUCUGCUUGUACUUCUAAUCGCUGGGGGUCAGACUGUCACUCUUGUCCUAGCUGUGACCAUGGAUUAUGCAAUUUGACUUCAGGGCGAUGUGAAUGUGACUUUGGAUGGACUGGAAGCGUGUGUGACUUUUGUGCUGACCGGUUCUAUGGUCCUCAGUGUGAUCCUUUGAUGAAAGUUAUAGAAGUAGCACCAGCCUCAGGACCUGAUGUUGGGGGUAAUCUAGUUCAUGUCAAAGGUCAUAAUCUUUCUCCGGCUGAGUAUUACACAUGUGUAUUUGGAGAGACACCAGUCAAUGGAAGUUUGAAGUCCUCAGAAGAGGUAGUCUGUGUUACUCCCAAUCACCAGGAAGGAAAAGUCCUUGUUCAGAUUGGACCGGAAGGCACAAACUUUACAUCAGACAAUGUGGAGUAUUACUUCUAUGCAUCCUGUCCUAAAGAUUCUUGUGGCCAAAACUUUCAUCCACCACGUGGACAUUGUGCUUUUGGACAGUGUCAAUGUGUUCUUCCUUGGAGUGGUCAGAACUGUCAGAUUCUUAGACUUCCCCCCAAAAUAGCUAGGAUUUCAGAUAAGGUUGCUGAUGAGCAAACUCAGUUCUCUCUACAACUUUCCCUUACUGAGGGUAGUACUCCAGUGACUUGGAAACUGAAAAAUGGACCAAAAGGAAUGAAACUUCAGUCAGAAUCUGGACUUUUGUCUUGGGAUGCUACUAUUGCUAGAGAGAGAUCUUAUGAAAUAACUGUUUCAGCGAGCAAUGACAUUUGCUCUGAUACAUAUACUUUAAAUCUCUAUGUGCCUCUGUCAUACACAGCAGCUCUGGAUAAUGUUGAUCCUGGUCCAUACCAACGUUCUGUUCCUAUUUACCUUUCUGGAACUGUUGAAUUUUCAAAUUCCAGUCCUGAACAGUUUGACACUGUACCUGUCAAUAUCCUAGUCCAAACCAAUGGAUAUACUCAGACUGUGUCAACAUCCACUAUUCCUGGGUCAGGAGGCAAGUUUUACAAAUGGUUCUACUCGUCUUCCACUUAUGUUGGCCUUUUUCUUGCUGAUGCAAGGCAUCCAAACAAUCCAGGAUUCACUGAACAGAUACGAUGGUCAGUUUAUGGGUUACGCAGUACUCCUUCUGUAAACGUGAAAGAUUACUUGGGAAACAAAACGUAUAUAUAUGAAGAUAUGGUUACAGUGACAAACACAGGCAUAGAUAAGCUAACAAAUGUUACUGUUCAGUUUGAAGCUCCAGAUGUUUUUGAUAAUUUCUAUAUAGUCUUGGAAAAUGGAAAUCCAUGCUUUUCGCCAUCAUGUUUUGUUAUUUCAUCUCUGAAUGGCGGAGAAGCUGUAAAUGUGACCUUUAUGAUAGGAGUGAGCAUUCCAACAAGGGGGAUGAUACCACUAAAUUUCAUGACAUCAGAAAAUGUAGCAGCUACAUCACAAAUUUUCAUUACAUACACAUCCAGGAAGCCUCAGUUGGAAGUAUCUCCAUCAAAGAUCAGAGAUAAGGUUGCUCGUAGAACAUCCAGAACCUAUGAGGUAUAUGUUACUAAUGUUGGACUAGCGCCAGCUACCAAUGUCAAGGUUGUUCUCCCAGUAGGCUCUGUUCUGAAUGUAAUAUCCUUUGGUACAGCCUCUCCAACCACUUCUUUAGGAGACACCAACUUUACUAUAAAGUUACUGCCUAGAGAAGCUGAAGCUGUACUAGCAUUAAGUCUUUUCCUUCCCGAGACUUAUGAACUGGGAAAAAUUGAAGGCAGUUUACAGCUGAGUUGUCAGGAAAAUGUUCAUGUUACAAUACCAUUUAGUAUCACUGUGGUGUCUUCAAGUAAAGUUGAUUUGGCUGUGUCUGUUGAGGACGAGUACACAUUUUUUGCUGAAGGGAAGCCUUUAGUUAAUAAUUCUCGAGUAAAGAUCCAGGGUCAUCUCUCAGGACAUCAACAGGAACUGUUUACCAAUGAAUCGGGAAUUGUUAUGUUUGAGGCAGUUCCAGAAGAUUACUACACUAUCUCAGCAGAGGCACAUAAACAUUCUCCUGAAUCCUUAGUCCAGCUAGUUAACCCAGGAAAUAACAAAGUGAUUAUAUUUUUAAGACGCAGCACUGUAACUUACACAUUUUCAGUUCGUCCAGUCCAGAUUGAAGAUAAGUAUGAGAUAACUUUAGAAGCAGACUUUGAAACAGAUGUUCCAGCUCCUGUUGUAACUGUUGAACCUAGCUCCCUAGAUUUGGAGAGUCUUGAACGUGGUUAUUAUUCUGUCAUCAAUUUCCAAGUCACUAAUCAUGGACUUAUAAGAGCUGAUAAUGUGACUUUUGGAAUCCCUGAACCUGGUAGCCAUCCAUUCCUGACUUUUGACACGGCAACAAGAGAAAUAGGACAAAUAGAAGCAAAUACAACAAUUAUCAUAACAGUUCGUGUUCGCAAACAAACUUUAGAAAACUCCACUCAGCUAGCCAGGUCCCGAAGAGGUGCUGGAGCUGGUGUAACUAUAGGGUUUGGAUUUGGAUUCUUAUAUUGCUAUUUUUGUAGAACAUUACUCUGUAAGAACAUACCAAUUCCAGUGAUUAGACCACCCCAUUUUGGCAUAAGACCGAACUUUGGCUUUUGGGGACCAUUGGUUGGCCCUGGUCCCUCUGUUCACCUUAUAAAACCAGUACCAUCCACAUCUCUUGCCUGUGAUGCCUUGGGUUGUGUAGCAUAUGUAGCAACAUGCAUCAUGGCAUUGUUUGACAUCACAGGAUGCCCUUCAUCAAUUUACAGUUUAGUAACUGCUAACUCUCUCUUGCAAUUUGUUGUGGGUGUGGCAGGGACUAUAUUUUCAUGCUUUCCUAUUUCCAAGACCAUUUCAAAUAUCAUGAAUGGAGUAGGUUGCUUAGUUAGUGCUGCAGGGCUAUAUACAGAUUGCAUCAAGCCAGUCACAUCAGGCAGAAGAAAGAGAGAGAUUACCAAAUCUGAUGUAGUACCUACACUGAUUGAAAGAGCCCAAGCAGCAUCCAAUCUCUUGGACUCUGCGAUUCUUGUAUUUGGCUCCCAAGAAUGGUUAUAUGUUCGUGAUCCUGUUUGGUUUGAAAAUAUCCUAUUUCCAUCUGUGGAAGAUAGAAGUGAUGGUGGAAACUACAUAACAGAGCCAGAAUAUCAAGCAAUUUUAUCAGCACCAUUACCUCACAAUGCUACUUACAAUAUGACAGAAAUAUUUCUUCACAGAUGGAACAAUACUGUUCAUGGUUGGGAGAGUGGAGAUUUGGAAGGGGAGGAUAUGAUUCCUUAUACAAAUAUCAGCAAAAUUCAGAAGAAAAUAAAACAAUAUCAGGAUAUGGCAAAGAAGGAAGGUUUCUCAACUAUCUUUGCCUGGUAUAAUGAUGCAGUAGAACUUUACCAGUCUGCAUCUGAAAGUAAAGGAGUUUGUGCCAAAGUACGUAUUAAAAUACAACAAGAAUUAGUUCUUACUCGAGAAGCAUUUGAAGCCACCUUGGAGAUAGAAAAUGGAGACACAUCAGAACUAAGAGAUAUACGUGUUGUCCUACAUAUUACUUCAGCCAACAGUAAUGAAAAUGCUACUGAGCAUUUUGCCAUUGGUGAUCCUGACCUUAAAGGUAUUUUGAGUGUAGAUGGAAAUGGUAUUCUGGAUCCUGAUACAACUGGAACAGCAGCGUGGCUUAUCAUUCCUUACUCAACUGCUGCCCCCUCAGAAGAUGAUGUUCUUUAUGAUGUAGGAGGCACUCUUUAUUAUCGUGUUGGUAAUGGCUCCUUAAUAGAGGCCCCACUACUGCCAGAUACUAUUACUGUUAAACCAGAUCCUCAGCUGUUUGUUCAUUAUUUCUGGGAAAAGGAAGUUAUAAGUGAUGAUCCAUUUACAAUUAUAGUUGAGCCAGCUAUUCCUUUCAGCUUGGGAGUCAUGAUAUCAAACACAGGUUAUGGUCCAGCUAAAAAUCUCCAUAUCACCUCAGCACAGCCAGAAAUAAUUGAGAAUGAAAAAGGGCUCUUAAUAAAUUUCCACAUAGUUGGAGCUCAGCUUGGGAAUCAAGAUAUAAUUCCUUCUCUCACUGUCAACUUUAAAGACAUUGGACCAGGAGAAACAAAAACUGCUCGUUGGCUUAUGACAGCAUCGUUAAAAGGAGAGUUCUCAAACUAUUCUGCAGUCUUUCAAAAUGAUAACCCUCUAGGAGACCCUAAACUCUCACUUAUUAAUGAAGUUACUGUUCAUGAGCUGAUCCAUGUAGUUUGUCUUGACUUCCCUUCUGGCACUGAUGAUGAAGUACUGGAUUUUCUUGUCAAUGAUAUAGAAGAUGUUCAAAAUUUACCUGAUACUAUAUAUAGCAGUGUUGGAGGAGCUAUUAAUGUUAGCCAAUCAAACAAUGUUGAGAUUCUUGACCUCAACAACUUGGGAGAAAAAAUAACUGCUCAGGUUGUCAUCAGUUCAGAGACUAUAGGGUGGACAUUUUCACGAAAAAAUAUUGACAUCAGUUCUGAUUUAAAAGUUUCAGAGUUGUUACGUUCAGAUGGACGAAAAAUUAUGGCUGAAUGGAAUGUCUGGUUGAGUAGAGACAGCGAAAACACAUACUUAAAUAUUAUUGAUUACUAUAAGCAAUCAACUAUAAACAUGAGCUAUGUUUACUCUUUAACUUUGUCAUCACCAAACAGGUUUGACCCAGAGUUUCAACUAGAAGAAUAUAAAUUCUAUGUACUUGAAAAUGUUACUGUAGGAACAUUGGUUGGUCUUGUGAAGGCAAAUGAUUCUGAUACAGCCCAGUCUGUGACUUAUAGCAUUGUUCAAGCUGAUUCUGAACUUCCUUUUACAAUUGAUGAGACCAGUGGGGCUAUAAGUACAGUGCAAGAUUUAGACAGAGAAACUAAACCUGUAUAUGACCUUACUGUAAAAGCUGUGGACAGUGGUGAACCUCAAAGAUGGGCUGUCACGGCAGUACUUAUUUCUCUAGAAGAUGUAAAUGACAACUUUCCGAAACCAUCUGAAGUUAACUAUAUCUUUCAAGUUGAGGAAGCUGCCCCAUUCGGUUAUGAAGUUGGACAGAUUCUGGCAAGUGAUCCUGAUGAAGGAAUGUAUGGUUUACUUACUUUUGAAAUGGAAUCACAAGGAAUGUUUGUAAUUAAUGAGAGCUCUGGGUCUUUACAAGUGAACUCUUCAUUGUCUUCAUUGCAAGGAGAAUACAAUUUAAAUGUUACUGUGUCUGAUGGUGGAGGUAAGGUUACAGUGAUUCCUGUUAUCAUACAAGUUUUCAAGCAAAACAUUUAUCCUCCAGUAUUCAACAAGGAAUUCUAUGUAUUCUCUGUACCAGAAGAUACCCAAGUAGGAAGAGAAAUUGGAGGGCUUUUAGCUUCUGAUAAAGACCCAAAUAGUAUUAUUUCAUACAAAUGGGCUGAUGGCUCAGGACUGGAUGAAGUGUUCAGUCUCAAUAGCUCUUCUGGUGGUUUAAUACUUGUUACUCCAGUAGACUAUGAGGCAAAAAACUUUUAUUCAGGGAUGGUAAAAGCCAUAGACAAUGGAGUACCACCAACAGGAGCAUUUUCCACUGUUGUGAAUAUUGAAAUAAGUAUUGUUGAUAUUAAUGACAAUCCUCCUCUUUUGGACUCAGGAAACAGUAACUCUCUCAGUAUCCCUGAAGACACACCCAUUGGAACCACGGUACAGACUUUUUUUGUAUCAGACAAUGAUUCAGGACCUAAUGGUAUGAUUGGUUGGUUUAAUUUAACAGAAGGUUCUUCUGUCUUCAGUUUGUUUCAUAUGUCAAAUAGUACAAAUCUUUCUGUUGUACUGGCUUCUAAUCUUGACAGAGAAGAAGUAUCUGAGUACAAUGUGACUGUUGUGGUUGAGGACCAAGGAACACCACCACUAGCAACUACACUAAUCUUGCUUAUUGUUAUUGAAGAUGUGAAUGAUAAUCCUCCAGUGUUUCCAUUUGACAUAGAAAGAGUUAUUAUAUCCAACUCCCUUCCUGUUAAUUCAGAAGUCUACACUGUAAUGGCUGAAGAUCCAGACAUAGGAGCUCUGGAGUAUGGCCUCAAUACAUCAAGCCAGUUUUACUCCAUAAACACAGAAACAGGUGUGAUUGAGAAUGAAGGAACACUGGAGUAUGGCCUCCAUUCUUCAAGCCAGUUAUUUUCCAUAAACCCAGAAACAGGCAUGAUUCGCCUUAACCAGGCUUUAGAAAACAACACUCUUCAACAAGUUAAUGUUACUGUAUCUGCCUGUGAUGGGAUAUUCUGCUCAAAUAUGAUCUUGCAAGUUAUGAUUUCUGAAAAUAACACACAUUCUCCAGAAUUCUCACAGAAUUUGUAUAAUACCACUGUGCCUUACAGUAUUAAAGUCAACAGCAUCAUUAUACAUGUUUCUGCCACUGAUCGUGACAGUCAUGAUGUUAUUUAUAGAAUAACAGCUGGAAACGAGGGAGACAAAUUUAGGAUUGAUUCCAUAUCAGGUAUUGUUCAAGUCAAUAAACCCUUAACUAAUGGACCCUCCUGGUAUCAGUUAGUGAUAACAGCUUAUGAUGGAGAAGGAAUGGACCAGCUGUCUUCUAAUGCUACUUUGAUUGUUGAGGUUAUUGGAAACAAUCAACAUUACCCACAAUUCACACAGUCUGAAUACACAGGACAAGUGUUUGAAAAUGCUACUAUUGGCACUUCUGUCAAUGUGAUGAUAUCUGCUAAUGAUAAAGAUGAAGAUGAAAUGAAUUAUUUCUUAGAAGAUGGUGUUAUAGAGUUUAAGAUAAACCAAUCAAGUGGAGCUUUAGAGGUUGCAGUAGACAACCUGACUGUUUUAUCAACUUACAGAUUCUCCGUUUUUGUUAAAGAAAAAGAUCAUCCUGAAAGACUGGAUACUGCUUAUGUGAAUGUUGAAGUGCUGGACAUCAAUGACCAUGCUCCUAAGUUUGAGAACUCAUCUUAUGUUUGGACUGUAAAUCUCUCCAAUCUACUGGACAACCCAAGAGUUGGGCAAGUAACAGCAACAGAUGAAGACUAUGGACAAAAUGCCAAUAUUAGUUAUGGAUUAAUAAAAGAUUCCCCCGAAAAUAUGGGACUGGAGUAUUUUGAUAUUAAUUCAGCAUCAGGAGAAAUUACUCUCAACACUAUGCUACAGUUAAACAAAACAACAAACUUUUCUUUUGUGGUUGAGGCUACAGAUCAAGGCAAACCUCCACUUAGUACAUUAACAGAAAUAAGGGUGGAGAUAGUAGUCGUUUUUGUUGGCAAGUGUCAUCAGUUUGAGCCUCCUGCCAAUAGUUACUUGUACAGUGAGUGUGAUAUAGCAGUUGGGACUGUCUGUCUCAUUCAGUGUGAACCUGGGUACACUCUGUACGGGAGUAACCAGAGCAUCUGUCUUGAGGAUGGCACAUGGAGUAGAAAUGGCAUCUGUGAACUGGAUGUGAUUAAUUUAAAAUUCUGUGUACCACUUCAGCCUCCAGAUAAUGGGUAUGUGGUAGGAAAAUGCUGUAAUGAUAUUGGUUCUGUUUGUACUGUUGAAUGUGACCCUGACUACAUCUUGAUGGGAUCUCAGUACCUCACAUGCCAGGAAGAUGAAUCUUGGGCUAGGAAUGCUACUUGUAUUCGAGCCAAUAUCUCUGAGGUCCAGUGCAUUGAACUAAAGGCACCAUCUAAUGGUUUCAUAAAUGGCAGCUGUGAGAGUGAUGUAGGAUCAGUCUGUAGAUUUGCUUGUGAAGAAGGAUUUAUUCUUAAUGGUAGUGAAGAAAGAACAUGCCAAGAAGACUCCUCUUGGUCAGGAAAUGAAACUCUUUGCAUUCCUAAACCUACAAAAAUUGUGACAUGUACACCACUAUCACCACCAACUAAUGGUAAGAUCAUAGGAAACUGUGAAAAUGCUGUUGGUUUCAGCUGUGUUAUUGGCUGUGAGAAAGGAUACAUCUUAGAAGGAAAUAAUAGCCGUACAUGUCAGAGUGAUACCACAUGGUCUGGAGAACAGCCACAAUGUAUAUUUACAUUUGUUCAUUGUCCAGUUCUGCAACCCCCUCGCAAUGGAUGGUUUGUAGGUUCAAGCUGUACUAGACUAGUGGGUAGUGUCUGUUUUGUUCACUGUCAAAUUGGAUAUCAGUUAGUUGGCACCCGAGAAAAACAGUGUCUUCCUAAUGGACGAUGGUCGGGAGAUCAGCCAGAAUGUAGACCUGUUCAAUGUGAGCCAUUAGAACCACCAGAUGGUGGUAAAAUCAUCAACAGGUGUAUACCUGAAUCAGGAAAAGUUUGUAAAUUCAGAUGUAAUCGUGGUUAUGUCAUGAUUGGAAGUAACACAAGAGUUUGCUCAGCAGAUGGACAGUGGAUAGGAGAGAAACCUGUGUGUCAAGAGGUUAGUUGUCCUGUAAUACCCUUACAACCUGAGGUCCUGACAAUUGGUAACUGCAGUAAUUCCAUUGGAAGCCGUUGCUUUUUCUCUUGUCCUACAGGCUACAAACAAAAAGGAAGUUCACUACGUACAUGUCUGUCACCUGGAAUGUGGUCUGGAACAAAAAUCCAUUGCUUAAAAAUGUGCCCUAAGCCAUAUAAUUCACGUUUCAUUAAACGUUGUAAUAGAAUUCAAGGGUCAAUUUGUCAGCUCGCCUGCAAUUUUGGUUACCAGAUAAAAGGACCAAACACAAGAAUUUGCCUGUCAAAUGGUCAAUGGAGUGGUCCUCAGCCAAUGUGUAUUAAACAAACUAAAACUAUUGAAAACUAAAAAUGUUACUGGCAAAAUCUGUCAGAUCAUCUUCAGUAGAUAUAUAUAAUAUAUAUAUAGUAUUAGUAGUAGUGUUGUUAUAAUGUAGAAAACUAUUUCCUGCAUUAAAUAAAUUAUUAUUUUUGGUUUAUGUUUUCUGGAGGCAUGUAAACAAAAUAAUUAAUAAUUUCUAUUUGAUUGUCUCUCCUUGUGAAUUUUCCAUGAUUUGUGAUGUAAUAUCAUUCCAACCUUAUAUAUUUUUCUGUUUUGUGACACCUAAGUUUUGAAUAGUUAUAUCUCUGAAAUAUUACAGUGAUGCAAAUA